GCGCCCGGCCCCCCGCGGCCAUGCCCGCGCGGGCGGCCAGCGCGCGCGGGGCCCGCAGCAGGGCCUCGCCGCAGGCCUUAGGCCCGGGCCGCGGCGCCACAGGCCGCGCGAGGGCGCCCAGCCCCGGGCCCGAGACGCCGCUGAGCGAGAUCACCACCGCCACCGGCGGCAGCCACGCGGUUCAGGAGGCCGGCUGGGGCGCGGUCCCCGUCAAGGUGACGGAGUGGCAGCCCCAGGACGACGACAGCGGCUUCUGCAGCGAGGCCCCGGAGGCGCUGCCGGCGGCGCUGGCGGCGGGGAGCCCCCGGUCGGCGGCGUCGGCGCUGCCCGCGGCGGACGCCUUCCUCGAGUGGGCGGCGCCCCACUGGGACCACAUAUCCCGGCACUGCCAGGACCAGGUGAAGCACGAGUGCUUCGUCGACGGCUGUCCCGUGAAGAUCGGCAUGCGCAGGGUGGACUUCAAGGCCAUGGUCUCGAACCUGGGCUUCCGGGGCGACGCGGGCGUCGUCUUCGACGCCGUGGUGUCGCACAGGUCCCCAGACGCGGACGCUCUCGGCAGAACCCGCCGGCAGGAGCACAUGCUCUUCGUAGACCUGAAGCUGUACAAGAGCAAACAUGCCCCUCGCGCUUCAGAGAACGAGGCUGUCAGCCAGCUUGUGACGGCGCUGCGGCGGCGCCGGCGCACCGCGCUCCGCGCCUGGCGGCUGGACCUGGACAGGCACGGCACCGGGAAGGUAGGGUUCAACGACUUUGCAGCGGCUUGCCGGGAGUACCACAUCAACGACGGCAAGAGCAUCUGGAAGGCGCUGUGCCCGAACGGGGGGCCCCUCGCCUUCGCCGACCUGGCGCCGGAGGAGGCGGAGAACGUCGAGGCCCUGGUGGACGCGGCAGGCAACGACCUGGCGAGGGCGUGGGACGUCAUAGACAUCCACCGCUCUCACUCCCUCACGUUCGAGGAGUUCCAGAGAGGC